AUGCUACCUAAUUUAAGAAAACUGCAAAAAAGAACACCAACUGCUACAACUCCUGAAAUCUCCUCAAGGAGAAUGCUUCUAUAAAAAAGUGAGCAUAAUGAUAUUUACUCUUUAAAAUCUUAAAUCGAAUCUUUAUAAAAACAACUAGAAUAUGUUUAAACAAAUAAAUCAUUUGUAAUGAAGAUAGCUUCUCCACCUUCAUGUACACAAUGUUCAAAAUUUAAACAACAAUUAGAUCUUCAAUAACUCAAUGAGAAAAUUACAAAAAGAAACUAUGAUCAAAAAAUCGAUGAAUUGCAUAAGUAAUCUCAAAAGGCCAUUCUUUCUAAGAGCAAAACAAUUGAAGUUGAUACAAAGUAUGAUGAUUUACUUUUGAAAUUGAAACAAAUUGAUUAAUAAGAACUGCUGUUCGAUGAAGACAAUGCAAUCAAUGUCAAUAAUAUUCACAAAAUAUAAUUUUCAUACAGGAACUCUCAAGAAAACAAUCAAUAAUCUAUUUAAUAAUUAUUAUCAUAACUUGAAGAUUAGGAUUAAAUUAUCAAAAAACAAACCACCUUAAUCAAAAAUUCCAAUUCCCAAAUUGAAUAAUUGAACUGUGUCAUAUCAAAUCUUUAAAACUAGUUAGAGAAUCUUAAAAAACAGUUAAAAGAUCAUUAAGAAUCAAACAAAAAGACUUUGCAAACUUUACCAAGCGAAGUCUCCCCAAAAUUACAUAUUGAGACUCAAUAUGAUAAGUCUCUCCUAUAGUAAUUAUUAUUUUAGAAUCAGUCUCUCAAGGAUUAGUUAAUUCAAUAGAAUCAUUAGAUUGAUAAAUCUGCUUAAGAAAACUAAAUUUAGAAGCAUCUUUUGAGAAUAGAAGUCUUAGAGACUGAACUCAAAUUAAGUCUUCGAUGUUGCAGAUGCUAAAACCUUUUUGAGAAACCCAGAACGUACAUCCCUUGUGGACAUUCUUGCUGUGAAAAAUGCUAUAAAUAUAAAUGCGAUUCCUGUGACACAGAAGCUGUGUAUAGGAAUAGACAAUUCGAUGAACUGAAAAGGGUGUAUUAUAUUAUCAAGGAUACGAAAACAUUCAUUCAAGAGUGCUUAUUGAGAUUGCAAGGUUGA